CAAGCGUGGAUCCUGAUUGAGAAGUGUCAUCCAGAUACUAUCAUGGCUGGUGGUGGAGGUGAGUGAUGUGACCACAGGAAGAAGGCUACGCUUGGGGUGCUGAGCUGAUAAGGCCCCCAGCGAUGUGCGUGCAGCUGCAGCAGGGCUGUGAGCGCUGCACGCUCGUCCAGUCAACACCCAUGCUCUGAUGUUCAGCUACACAGCCACUCGUGACUCCGGCAACGCAACGCCGUCCGUCGACGGAAGGCAAAUAUGGUCACUGGGAGCUCUGAUAUUGACACUGACUGGCAAAUAAUAAACACUGUGGAGUUGAAACGUCAUUGUCGCAAGUCGUUGUCGCUUCACGGGUUCGACACGACCUCGGAGCUCCAGAGCCGGAGCCCCACCACCUGGCCAGAUAUCCAAUGGCGCUUUCAGACUCGCUCCUGGAUCCCCUCUGGUCUGUAACGAAAGAUGCCAUUGCCAACACCUUCUGGGAUCAAAGUGGUACACUAAAUCAGCCAAGCCAUCAUGUCAUCGCGGAGACAUAUUGGCAGUUCUAUGUGAAGGAAUGCGAGCGUGCGCUGCACGACGGAGGUCGGCAUGUCCUGGUCCGUACUCAUCAAGACAUCCUCGACAUCGCAAAGCUUGUGCUAGAGCGCAAGAGCCGCGAGGAUAUACGCCAAAGGCUACGUCUGAAGCUCACAAAAAGUCACGACAACGAGGACGAACUUAUAAAUCGCGCGAUCGACCUUGCUGCAACCCUGCUGCUGAUGGUUGACUGCACCAAUGUUGAGUACGGAUUCAAUGGACACCAUCAGCUGGAAUGGGAGGAAGGCUCGCUCAAUGAUUGUGUCCGAUUGUACCUAGAUUCGAAACCGGCCCUAGGUCACGAAGGUGUCAAGUUACCACGAAUCUUCAAUGCAAAGAACCUGGAAUGCAUAGCUGGGAUCGAGGUUCUGCCCACCUCGAACUUACUCGAUCAUCUUCGACUGACAGAUGACGAUACAAAACUGCAUGUCUUUCAUCAUAUGUCAUAUCUCAAAAGACAGACAAAGAGCGCUAUCCUACCUGAAGCGCUCCUAGAAGAGACGCAACGUACGCUUUCUCUUCUCUUUCCACAGUCUGACCCGACUGUACGUAGAUGGUGUCGUAAAGCACUCCUGAGGCCUUCGUUCGACUCCCAGUUAAUAUCUUGCGGUGCCCUGAAGACCGACGAUCGCCAAAUUGAGAAGUUUGCGUACUGGCAUGACCGCUUAGUUGUGCUCAAGCAACUAUUUGACGAGGCGACCCCUCAAACUCUGUCUCAGUGGUGGCACGAUCGACGGAAUGGAGUGCAAUGGUACACGUUCUGGGUAGCCAUACUAAUCUUGGCGCUCACGAUAUUCUUUGGUUUCAUUCAGAGCGUCGAAGGAGCGUUGCAGGUAUGGGCUUCGUUUAAGGGCGAGGAGUAAGUACGUUCUCAUGUGAACCCGCCAGUCGCCAGAGCUCGAACGGCAAAUCCCUCGUCAUAUACGCCACACCAGAAAUUCUGAUCCGCGGAGAGCAUCGGUGGUCUUGUUUAGGUUUAGCACAACAGAGACACGAAUGCACGUUCAUGUCGAAGAGCACGUAAUCAUACCCCCACAUGUCGAAGCC